GAAGGAUCACAGCUCCGUCGCUUUAUCUAUCCACAAACCCAACCCAACCACCCACCCAAAUAAUAAUAUCUCGUCGUCUUCCAUUGAUCAUCUUCAAUCAUUCAAAGAGAGAGUCUCUCGACGAUUCAGAAUCUCUCAUUCCUUCAAAAAUUCAUAUAAAUAGAAAGGAGUUUGUUUGUGAUGGUGGAGAGUUAUAGUAACCUCUCGUGGCUCGUAUGGAUCCAAAUGUUCGUCUUCUUCCUCCUCCUACUCCUCCUCUGCGUCUUCGGAUUAUUAUCCUCUGAUAACGAGAUCAGUGUCUCAUCUUCCGAUUCGAUUCCUUCCACGUCCGCCGCCUCUAGGAGGUUUCUCUCCGGAGAUCCGAUUGGCUUGGGAUUCUCCGUAGUACAGUCUAAUCAGAUGGGAAGUUCUCAGGCAAUUAAAGGAGAGAUAACACCGGCUGAAACAAGGAGAGUGACGAGAACAGAGGAAGAAGAAAGUUCUUCUGAUGAAGAUUCGAGUAGUAGUUUGUAUCAUCCGUGUAAUUUGUUUCAGCUUGCUGGAACUGUAUUCUUAAAGUGUUUCGGGCUUGGCCAGAGUACAGAAGAAACUGAUGAUUCUCUGAGACCUGAAACUAAGAAACAGAGGUGAUCCAAGUUCUUGUGAAUAUAUAAGAUGAACAUACACGUUUUUAAUAUGAGUUGAUUCCUAGCGAUUGAGUAGGAGAGAAAGAAGAAACUUGUAAGUAUAUGGAAAUAUUAUAUUGUUGGGUUAACACGAAGAGUUAACUCAGAAAAUAACUGUGGUUAAAAUAUUUUAAAUGCGGUUUAUAUCAGUGGUGCAUUUAAAAAAAUAAGUAUUCCGACUGCAUG